CUAGAGAGCUUCACUGAUAUCACUGCAGUAUGCGCAAUCUGAGGUCACGCCAACAAUGGAGACACCCUUCCUCCUCCUCUGCGUCACCUUCUCCCUCUCCCUCUCGCUUGCAGCCUCGCUGAUGCUCCUCCGUCGCGGCAGCCAUGGAACAGCACAUGGGCACAAGCAGAUGGGGCUGCCUCCGGGCCCGCCGGCUGUGCUCUUCCUGGCCAAGUUCCUUGUGCUCCGGCUCUCCAUUUUCGACCUCGCCCAUCUACUUGCGGGCCUCCAUGGCCCCGUCUUCUCUGUCCGCCUCCUCCGCCACACAAUGGUCUUUGUCGCCGACCGCCGUGUGGCGCACCGCGCACUCGUGCAGGGCGCCGCCGCCUUCGCUGAUAGGCCGCUGUUGGGUGACCCCACCCGCGAAUGCUUCGACCGGCGCAACAUCAGCGGCUCACCCUACGGCCCAUACUGGCGCCUCGUUCGCCGGAACCUUGCAUCCAUGGUGGCGCUCAGCCCUUCUCGCGCCGCCCUCUUCGCCCCGGCAAGGAGGCGGGUGACUGACGGCAUCGUCUUCGAACUGCUCCACCAAGAGCAACAACCCGUGAUGGUCAGGCCGCUCCUGCGACGCGCCAUGUUCGAGCUGCUCAUGUACAUGUGCUUUGGGGCCCAGCUCAGCAAGAAGGCGCUGGACGAGGUCGAGGCGCUGCAGCGGGAGGUGCUCCUCGGGAUCACCGCCUUCGCCUCUUUUCCGACGCUCACCAAGAGGCUUUUUCCCCGACGUUGGGCGGCAUACGUCACCACGCGUCGUAGGCAGGCGGAGAUCUUCGAACCGCUCAUCCGUGCCGCCGCUUGCCACCGCGCCGGCGGCAAUGAUGAACUAGCCGCCCCGCCGUGCUACGCCGAGUCGCUCCUUAUGAUCCGGGUGGCCGACGAGGGCGAUCGCCCGCUGACAACCGACGAGGCAGUCAGCCUCUGCUCCGAGUUCCUGAACGGUGGGACGGACACCACGACGACCCUGAUCGAGUGGAUCAUGGCCGAGCUCGUGAACCACCCCGGCAUCCAAGCCAAGCUCCACGAAGAGGUCACCAAAGCCAAGCGAGACACAAACAACCACGGCGACUUGCAGGCGAUGCCGUACCUAAAGGCCGUUGUGCUCGAAGGGCUGCGGCUGCACCCGCCCACCAGCCUCGUCCUGCCACACGCCGUGCGCGACGACGACAACGUGGGCAUUGGGGGUUACACGGUGCGCAAAGGAACGGAGCUCAACUUCCUUGUCGCAGAGAUGGGGCGCGACCCAACGACGUGGACGGCAGCGCGGGAGUUCCGGCCAGAGAGAUUCCUGGCUGGCGGCGAGGGGUGCGACGUGGAUAUUACAGGGAGCAGGGAGAUCAAGAUGAUGCCAUUCGGCGCUGGCCGCAGGAUGUGCCCUGGGUACUCGCUCGGCAUGCUUCACGCCGAGUACUUCGUGGCCAGGCUAGUCAGGGAGCUGGAGUGGCUGCCGCCGGCAGCAGAAGCGGCGGAGGUGGACAUGACGGAGAUGCUAGAUUUCACCACCUUGAUGAAGAAUCCGCUCCAAGCACGCGUCGUUGCGAGAAAGCAAAUAGUAUAAGUGUGUGAUCACCAUGGGCAAGUCAGAAGCAGCCCCAAGAGCUCUCGUAUACUUUCAUAACCAGUUCAUUCUACAAUAAGUGUGUAAUCACCAUGAGCAUGAAUUUCUAUGUAACUUCUUUCUAUAACACUUCUUACAUAUUAGUAUUGUACUUUAUGUGAUUGAUAUUACAGAAAAAGGUAGAAUUGGCAUGUAAGGCCCUGUUU